GUGAUCGUAAAGAUGGCGACGAAAGAGACACCGCAGCUCCGCAGCAUCUCUGCGUGUUUGGCCGUUUUUCUCGGUUUAUUGAACAUAUUAAAUACGGGAAAUUGCGAUGAGCAGGUGCCGCUUAUUAUGUGGACAAGUGAGGGGGUCUCCGUACCGAGUCAGUCUCCCCCUACAGCGGGGCACAUCGUGGGGCAGCAGCAGCUGGCCUCCUACCUGGAGAAAGCUCUGAGUGUGGGCCCAAGAAAUGUCGUGCUGUUCCUUCAGGAUAAGAUGAGCAUAGAGGACUUCACUAUGUAUGGAGGGGCUUUUGGAAACAAGCAAGACAGUGUUUUCCCGAACCUGGAGGGGGCUCUGAGGUCCUCGUCCUCCCCUCUGGUGUUACCUGCUGUGUCCUGGCCUGCCUCCAAUGCAGUGAUUGGCCAGCUGCAGGACCAAUUGGACACCUCUCCCCUGUACAUGGAUCCUGAGACUCUAAGUCAGCUGAGACUCAAUGCCUCCUCGCCCGCCCUGCUGGUGUUCAGGCUGCCGUACGGCUUCGGGGCUGAUCUGAUGUCUGCCAAAGAUGUUCUCAGUGGAAACGAUGAGAUGAUUGGCCAGGUGUUGAGCACCAUGAAGACCCAGUCUGUCCCGUACACAGCCAUCUACACAGCCCUGCAGCCCUCCAGGGAGGCUGCGUCUCUCUCCAUGGAAGCGGGCGUUGGUGGAGGGCGCUCUCUCCUGCAGGCCAGGGGCGGAUGGCGCGAGAGGGAGAGAGAGAGGGAGAGGCAGCGCAAGAUCAAGGAGAAGGAAGGGAUCUACGGUCCAGUGGAGUUUAAGGAGGGGGAUGACACUUGUAUCAUGCUGUGGGCCACAGGCCUGUCAGUGAGCAUCCUUCGGAGCGGGCGCUGGGAAGAGCACGACCUCACCCCCUCCACCUUUGGAGAGGGAGUCAGCCCAAAACUCGGCGGCUCAACCUGCGACAAAUCCAAAGCGAGGUUGGUUCUUAAUUAUGAGAAAGUUCUGGGCCACAGCAGCUUCAAACUCAUCUUUGCUAUGAGCCAGCGUCACUACAAGGUGUCCGCGCGCCGCUGGUUCACAUUAGACGCCGUGGAGCUGGAGUACGACGGCACCAAAGCCACAUUUAACGGGAGCAGACAUGUUUACGCACCGGCUGAGUACUCGUACCGCUGCGGCUCCGUCACCAACUUCCGCUGGCCCGUGCUCAUCCCACACACAUCUAAAGAUCCAGCCAAUCAGUGGAGGGUCUCUUUUUCAGACUUUCAGAUCCAGGGCUUCAACGUGACUGGAAGUGACUUCUCGUACGCCAGUGACUGCGCAGGCUUCUUCUCUCCGGGGAUCUGGAUGGGUCUGAUAACCAGCCUCCUCAUGCUGCUGGUGCUCACCUACGGGCUCCACAUGAUCAUGCAGCUCCACACUAUGGACCGCUUUGAUGACCCCAAGGGCCCGGCUAUCUCCGUGCCCCUCACAGAGUAACAACCCUGUUUCUUCUCCCUCCAUCUCUCCUCCUUUCUCUCAUUGCAAUGCUUCCACUCCGACCCGAUACAUUCCACUCCCUGUUGAUCUGUGGUUGGGCCUUAUACAGACUAGUGUUGUUGUCAGAGUAAGGUUUUAGUCAUCACUGCAUAUGUAUACUUUAAAAUGUGCAUCCUGAUACUGAAGAAUCAUAUUUUCAGGUAGCCCCAGUUUGUGUGUCUCAGGUAUACAUUUGAGUGAUAGUGGGAAUCAUGUGUUACCUAGAAGGAGCUUUAACAAUAAUUAAAACUGUUCUUAAAGGUGGGGUAGGUAAGUUUGAGAAACCGGCUCGAGAUACACUUUUUGUUAUAU